AUGAUGGACCCCCAGACCUGUGAUGCAGUACCCGUGCCCAUCAUCCAGAGAUCCUGUCUCUGUAUGAUGGGCACAGGAUUUUCUCUCAGACUGGUGAAUGGUAUUACAGACUGCUCUGGGAGAGUUGAAAUCCUGUAUAACGGCACACGGGGAACCGUGUGUGAUGAUGAAUGGGACAUGAAAGAUGCUGCUGUGGUGUGCAGACAGCUGGGAUGUGGAGGAGCUGUUAGUGCACCACAGAGUGCUUCAUUUGGCCAGGGAAGUGGUCGAAUCUGGUUGGAUGAUGUUGGAUGUUCAGGAAAUGAAUCCUCCCUCACAGACUGCUCACACAAUGGUUUUGGAGAACAUAACUGUGGACAUUCUGAAGAUGCAGGAGUUGUCUGCUUAGACAUUCGAUUGGUCGAUGGGUUUGAUUCAUGCUGUGGACGAGUGGAGAUCCACCACAAUGGCAAGUGGGGAAGCGUGUGUGAUGAUAACUGGGACAUGAAUGAUGCUGCUGUGGUGUGCAGACAGUUACAGUGUGGAUCGGCCAUCAGUGCACCUCAUAGUGCUCCAUUUGGUCAAGGCAAUGGAUCAAUCUGGCUGGAUGAGGUUAACUGCACAGGAGGUGAAGGAAAUCUCACUAAAUGUUCACACAAUGGACUGGGAAAACAUAACUGUCAACACAGAAAAGAUGCUGGUGUUGUUUGUUCAGGAUUUUCUCUCAGACUGAUGAAUGGUAAUAAUGACUGCUCUGGCAGAGUGGAGAUCCUGUAUAAUGGUGUAUGGGGAACCGUGUGUGAUGAUGAAUGGGACAUGAAAGAUGCUGCUGUGGUGUGCAGACAGCUGGGAUGUGGAGGAGCUGUUAGUGCACGACAGAAUGCUUCUUUUGGCCAAGGAAGAGGUCAGAUUUGGUUGGAUAAUGUGGGAUGUUCAGGAAGUGAAUCCUCAAUCACUCAAUGUUCACACAAAGGUUUUGGACAUCAUGACUGUCAACACAAGGAAGAUGCUGGUGUUGACUGCGUACAGGGCAAGCUGUCAGACAUUAGACUGGUCAAUGGGUCUGAUUCAUGCUGUGGACGAGUGGAGAUCCGCCAGAAUGGCGAGUGGGGAUCCGUGUGUGAUGAUAACUGGGACAUGAAUGAUGCUGCUGUGGUGUGCAGACAGUUACAGUGUGGAUCAGCCAUCAGUGCACCGCAAAGGGCUGCAUUUGGUCAAGGCAGUGGAUCAAUCUGGCUGGAUGAGGUUAACUGCACAGGAGGUGAAGGAAAUCUCAUUCAAUGUUCACACAAUGGACUGGGAAAACAUAACUGUGACCAUGGUGAAGAUGCUGGUGUUGUUUGUUCAGAUGAGCUGCAGAUGGCGAGUCUUGCUCUGAUCUCCACACAUUCAGCUGUUUCUCCUGGAGAAAAUGUCCAGUUCAGAUGCUCAACACCUAAACCGAGAUGGAGAGCUAAUGCUGAAUUCCAGCUCUUCAUAAACAGAUCAUCUUUAUCCUCACAGACACAUGUGUCUACUGUGACUUUCAGCCUUAAUGUCGACGUCUCACAUCAUGGUGAAUACAGCUGUCGAUACUCUUACCAGAGCAGCCUCAAGUCUCCAUUGAGUAACACUGUGAUUAUCACUGUGGUGCACUUGCAGCAACCCGGUAUUUCUCUCAGUGCUCCUGAUGGAGGGUUUGUCAUGGGCCCUCAGGGGCCAGUGAUCACCAGGGGCCACAGUUUCACUAUCAUCUGUUCCACUGAAUCUCAGUAUCCUGGAGGCUCCUUCUACCUGUUCAGAGAAUCAGAUAUCAGCAGGAUUCAGCCGUCUUACAGUCUCUCUGCCUCCUUCUCCUUUCCUGAGGCAGAUUAUUCAGAUGAGGGAAACUACAGUUGUGUUUAUGAAGUCAGUGUCUCCUCACGCUCCUUCCGUUCCUCUGGCUCUGAACUGCUGCUCAUCACUAUCACAGCAUCUCUGCUUCCUGCUGUUAUUGGUGCUGCACUUUCAGCUGGACUGAUCUUACUGACCGUCCUCAUCAUCGUCCUGUUUCUUAAGAGAAGACGGAAGAAGAAAGAAGAUCGUUCUAAGUGCUCUUUCAAAAAAGGUCCAGCUAAUACAUAUGCAGGUGCAUCCCAUAAUAACAGAUAUGAAGAUGAUGAUGAUGAUGAUGACGAUGAUGAUGAUUAUGAAAAUCCAGAAUGUGAUGAAAACAUGAAGCAUGAAGAUUCUGAAGAAGAUUAUGUGAAUAUGGAUGAUGAUGAUGAUGAUGAUGAUGAUGAUGAUGCAGAACAGGACUAUAUUAAUGUGGAAUCGGAUGACUCUGAAGAAGUUUAUGUCAAUACAGCUGGGAUGUGGAGAAGCUGUCAGUGCGCUAGAGUGCUUUUUUUGGCCAGGGAAGGAAUCUGGUUGAUCUGGUUGGAUGAUGUCAGAUGUUCAGGAAAUAAAUCCUCACUCACAGACUGCUCACACCGUGGUUUUGGAGUAAAUGGACACCAAAAAGAUGUAGGAGUUGUCUGCUUAGCGGAGAUCCACGAUGGCGAGUGGGGAAGCAUGUGUGAUGAUAACUGGGACAUGAAUGAUGCUGCUGUGGUGUGCAGACAGUUACAGUGUGGAUCAGCCAUCAGUGCACCUCAUAGUGCUGCAUUUGGUCAAGGCAGUGGAUCAAUCUGGCUGGAUGAGGUUAAAUGUACAGGAGGUGAAGGAAAUCUCAUUCAAUGUUCACACAAUGGACUGGGAAAACAUAACUGUCAAUAUAGAAAAGAUGCUGGUGUUGUUUGUUACGGUACAGAUGAGCUGCUGAUGGCGAGUCUUGCUCUGAUCUCCACAUAUUCAGCUGUUUCUCCUGGAGAAAUCAUCCAGUUCAGAUGCUCAACACCUAAACCAAGAUUGCACUUGCAGCAGCCCAGUAUUUCUCCCAGUGCUCCUGAUGGAGGGUUUGUUGUGGGCCCUCAGGGGCCAGUGAUCACCAGGGGCCACAGUUUCACUAUCAUCUGUUCCACUAAAUCUCGAUAUUCUGGAGGCUCCUUCUACCUGUUCAGAGAAUCAAAUAUCAGCAGGAUUCAGCCGUCUGUCAGUCUCUCUGCCUCCUUCUCCUUUCCUGAGGCAGAUUAUUCAGAUGAGGGAAACUACAGUUGUGUUUAUGAAGUCAGUGUCUCCUCACGCUCCUUCCGUUCCUCUGGCUCUGAACUGCUGCUCAUCACUAUCACAGCGUCUCUGCUUCCUGCUGUCAUUGGUGCUGCACUUUCAGCUGGACUGAUCUUACUGGCCGUCCUCAUCAUCGUCCUGUUUCUUAAGAGGAGACAGAAGAAGAAAGAAGAUCGUUCUAAGUGCUCUUUUAAAAAAGAUCCAGCUAAUACAUAUGCAGGUGGAUCCCAUGAUAGCAGAUGUAAUGACGAUGAUAAAGAUAAUGAUGUUGAUGAUGAGCCAGAUUAUGAAAAUACAGAAUGUGAUGAAAACAUGAAGCAUGAAGAUUCUGAAGAAGAUCAUGAGAUUUUCUUAGGGUCUGAUAUUCUGGAGAGAUUUAGCCAUCCUUACAAUCCUUUGGCCAAACUUCUUGUGCAGAGCAGCAGUCUAGGCGCCAGAGGCUUAAGAACGCUGACCGUCCAUCGUGGAGAAGCUGCAGAGCAGCAGAGAUACACACCACGCACAUCGGUCAAUGAAAGAAACAAAAUGCUGAGACCACUGCUUGAUUUCAUUUUUGCAAUGUUCUUAAAUGAUUACCUGUCCACUGGAGCUGAGGACAUCAGACUGGUCAAUGGUUUAGAUGCCUGCUUUGGGACAGUGGAGGUAAAAAACUCUAAUAGCCAGUGGGGGACCGUGUGCGAUGACUCCUGGGACAUCGAUGAUGCUGCUGUGGUGUGCAGUGAGCUGGAAUGUGGAAGAGCAAUUAUUGCACUUGGCUGGGCUGUUUUUGGGGAAGGGACUGGUAAUGUCUCUUGGAAAAAGCCUGGAUGUACUGGAAUCUGGAAGAAUUGCAUUUCUCAGAAUGGACCGAUUUGCACUCAUAGUCAAGAUGCUGGAGUCGUGUGUGCAGCGUCUUCAGUUGUAUUCAUUGCAGCUGCGGUGAUCGUCGUACUGUUCAUAUCAUCAUCACUGCUAAUUGUUUUGCUCAUAAAGAAGAGGAAAAAAAUGAAGACAAUCCAGAUAUGUUCCUCUUCAAUUGAUGCAGUUAACAUGCAAGAUGUGCUCCAUAAUGACCGGAAUGAAGAGACCAUUGAUGAUGACUAUGAAGUUGUAGAUAUGGAUCCUGGAGUGCGUGAAGACUCUGACUCUGAACAGGACUAUGUGAAUAUAGAUCAGGGUGACUCUGACCCAGACUACGUCAAUGUGGAAACAGACGAAUCAGAACAGGACUACGUUAAUGUGGAAACGGAUGAUUCAGAACAAGACUACAUUAAUGCGGACAUUACAGAAAACUUUAUCUAUGAGAGAAUUCCUACAUUUCUACACAACACAAGGAUCACAAUGGCAAGAUUUUCUCUUCUCACUUGGAUAUUGGCCAGUGCUCUAACUUCUGUAACUGGAUAUUCCCUCAGACUGGUGAAUGGUAAUAAUGACUGCUCUGGGAGAGUGGAGAUCCUGUAUAACCGUGUGUGGGGAACCGUGUGUGAUGAUGACUGGGACAUGAAUGAUGCUGCUGUGGUGUGCAGACAGAUGGGAUGUGGAGGAGCUGUUAGAAUAGGAAGCGAUGCUUCUUUUGGCCAGGGAAGGGGCCGAAUCUGGUUGGAUGAUGUGGGAUGUUCAGGAAGUGAAUCCUCACUCACAGACUGCUCACACCGUGGUUUUGGAGAACAUAACUGUGAACACAAUGAAGAUGCAGGAGUUGUCUGCUCAGACAUUCGAUUGGUCGGUGGCUUUCAUUCAUGCUCUGGGAGAGUGGAGAUCCGCCAUAAUGGUGUGUGGGGAACCGUGUGUGAUGAUGACUGGGACAUGAAUGAUGCUGCUGUGGUGUGCAGACAGCUGGGAUGUGGAGGAGCUGUUAGUGCACUACAGAGUGCUUCAUUUAGCCAGGGAAGUGGUCCAAUCUGGUUGGAUGAUGUCAGAUGUUCAGGAAGUGAAUCUUCUCUCAUUCAAUGCUCACACAAAGGUUUUGGAGAUCAUAACUGUGGACAUUCUGAAGAUGCAGGAGUUGUCUGCACACAGGAUAAUGGCAAGCUUCCAGACAUUCGAUUGGUCGAUGGGUUUGAUUCAUGCUGUGGACGAGUGGAGAUCCACCACAAUGGCGAGUGGGGAAGCGUGUGUGAUGAUAACUGGGACAUGAAUAAUGCUGCUGUGGUGUGCAGACAGUUACAGUGUGGAUCGGCCAUCAGUGCACCUCAUAGUGCUGCAUUUGGUCCAGGCAGUGGAUCAAUCUGGCUGGAUGAGGUUAACUGCACAGGAGGUGAAGGAAAACUCAUUCAAUGUUCACACAAUGGACUGGGAAAACAUAACUGUAAUCAUGGUGAAGAUGCUGGUGUUGUUUGUUCAGAUGAGCUGCAGAUGGCGAGUCUUGCUCUGAUCUCCACACAUUCAGCUGUUUCUCCUGGAGAAAUCGUCCAGUUCAGAUGCUCAACACCUACACCGAGAUGCAGUGCUAAUGCGGAAUUCCAGCUCUUCAUAAAUGGAUCAUCUUUAUCCUCACCGAGAGAUGUGUCUAAUGUGACUUUCAGCCUUAAUGUCGAUGUUUCACAUCAUGGUGAAUACAGCUGUCGAUACUCUUAUCAGAACAAUACUGUCAAGUCACCUUUGAGUAACACUGUGACCAUCGCUGUGGUGCACUUGCAGCAACCCAGUAUUUCUCUCAGUGCUCCUGAUGGAGAGUUUGUCAUGGGCCCUCAGGGGCCCCCAGUGAUCAUCAGGGGCCACAAUUUCACUAUCAUCUGUUCCACUAAAUCUCAGUAUCCUGGAGGCUCCUUCUACCUGUUCAGAGAAUCAGAUAUCAGCAGGAUUCAGCCGUCUGUCAGUCUCUCUGCCUCCUUCUCCUUUCCUGAGGCAGAUUAUUCACAUGAGGGAAACUACAGUUGUGUUUAUGAAGUCAGUGUCUCCUCACGCUCCUUCCGUUCCUCUGGCUCUGAACUGCUGCUCAUCACUAUCACAGCGUCUCUGCUUCCUGCUGUUAUUGGUGCUGCACUUUCAGCUGGACUGAUCUUACUGACCGUCCUCAUCAUCGUCCUGUUUCUUAAGAGAAGACAGAAGAAGAAGAAUGAUGAAGCUCAUUUGAAGUGUUCUUUCAGAAAUGGUGCAGCUAAUACAUAUGCAAGCUCAUCUACUGACAACAACUAUAAAGAGGAUGAUGAUGAUGAGGAUUAUUAUGAGAAUGUGGAAUUAAAGGUUAAACACUUAGAUCAUGAUAACUUUGAGGAGGAUUACAUGAAGGUGGACGUGGACAGCUCUGAAGAAGACUAUAUCAAUGUGGACAUUACAGAAAAUAAAUGUGUGGCAGACAAAUCUAAUGAAAACAUUUAUGAAAGCUACUGUGAUUAAUACUGAGUGAGGCCAGAUCAUUACAAAUGAUGCUGCUUUAAGCAAAUAAGAUAUAACAGAGGCUUAACGAAGGAAGAAUUUUAGUUGGUCACUCUAUUUUUAUUAGCAAUGAUUUAUUCAAGAUUCAGAAUGGGGAUUAUGGCAUAUGAUUUUAUGUAAUAUGAGUCAAAUGUUGGAAUAUUAAAAAAUGCAACAGAACAACACU